UCUCUCUUGUUGCUGCAAAUCCAUUUGCCUCCCCAAAGAACCCAUUUCUUUCUUCUCCAAAAGAACAAAAAAUUCUGAAACAAAGAGAAGAGCAGAGAAAAUCAAGAAGCAGAAAUGGCAGUUCUUGGUCUAUCUACUGCCUUCUCUCCCCCAAGAGGUUCUUGGAUAGCCGUGAGGCUCAGGAAUGGCGCCACCGGGCGGAGCGGCGGCGGCCUGUCCCUGAGGAGGUCCGCCGCCGCCGCCGUGGCCGUCCGCGCGGAGGUGAGCUUCGUGGACGGCGACGAGGCGAAGCGGCUGGUGGCGGAGGAGGGGUACACGGUGCUGGACGUCCGGGACCGGCGGCAGUACGAGAGGGCGCACGUCAGGGCCUCCGCCCACGUCCCGCUCUACAUCGAGAACGAAGACAACGACAUUGGGACGAUCAUCAAGCGGCAGGCGCACAACAACUUCGCCGGCCUGUUCUACGGCCUGUCCUUCACCAAGCUAAACCGGGACUUCACCAAGACGGUGAGGAGCAAGUUCUCGCCGGAGAGCAAGCUGCUGGUUGUCUGCCAGGAAGGCCUCAGGUCCACAGCGGCUGCAGAUGCAUUGGAGCGAGAGGGCUUCCAGAACCUGGCCUGCAUCACCUCAGGCCUUCAGACACUGAAACCAGGAACGUUCGAGACCGUCGGCAAAGCCGAGCUGCAGAAUGCGGGGAAAGCUGGCCUUGUGACCAUCCAGGGGAAGAUCUCCAUAGUUCUUGGGACUGUCUUGAUAACCUUGUUGCUGCUCAUAACAGUGUUCCCGGACCAGGCUGAGCAAAUCUUCGAGUCGGCUGGCAUCAAAUUGUGAUCAGGAUCGCGGCUCUUCUAGUUACUCUCUUGAGUUCAUUUUUCACUGGCAGGUUAAGUGUAUCAGUAGGUGGACUUGGUGGAAUCUCUUCACUCUGAAAAAGGAUGUUAGGCUCCAUGUGUAAUAUUUAGGGACUUUCUGAAAAUUCUACUGCUGUGUAUUUUUGGCUCGAGUAACAUCUUUUUUUCACACACACCCUCUUCUGUGUCAAUUGUAGUUCGAUCCAUAAAUUUGGUGGCGUUUCAAGUAAAAAUUAGAAUUGUGUUCAACUCA